UCGAUCUAGUGGCAAUAAUCCCCUCCCCCCUCCCCCUCCCCCGCCAUCAAUGGCCGGUUCCCCUUGGUUUAAGGCAUGCAUGGUCACACUGAUCGCCGUCAACACCGUCAUCAGGGUGUCUUGACCGGUCCAUGGAUUGGCGUUGGCGCGCCCAAAGGGCGUGGCUCGUCACCAAGCGAUCUCUGCCACGGUGGGGGUGGUGUCAAAAGAGAGGAUUGGCCACUCUUUUGAUUGUGGUGGCUUUGUGUGGAUUGCUUGGAAAGCUCCUUUUCAGCGCCAAGAUCAUUUGCUCAAAUCGAACCAAUGAGCGGCACAUAAGGAAUCUCUGUGAUAAAUACACUUCCGGCGAAAUUCUGGGAGACCUGUGUCCGGAUUUCUGUCAAGACCCACCUCAACUUGUUGUUGAAUCCUGCCAAACCCAGCAUUUCGGCAAGGAAGUUGUUUUCGAAGCCAAAUGGAAGGGUUCCAUUCCAGUAUUUGUCAAGAGCUUAUCUGCAGAUCACAGUCAAUCCGAAGAGCUCCAGCCUGUUUUCACCGUUGGAUCCAAUGGGGAAAAAUUGUUUCCAGAUGUCCCGGACUUUGACUUCAUGGUGGAAAAAUUUCUGGAAGACAAUUACGGCCUUCCUACUCAAGGAAAUCUCAUGGAACGAUUGUGGAACCUCCCUUUGGCUGAUGAGGCCAAUGACGAGGUCUACAUUCACAAAGCCAUGGUCACGCUUUGGGCAUUGGUUCAGGACAGCGAAUACGUGUUUUCUCAACUGUACAAGCAUCUGGACGUGUUCCCUGAAGUCUAUGGAACUUGUGGCUCGUUCUACAUCGUUGAAAAGGUUGAGCGCUUACCAAAGAUAAGUUAUUUUGGCCAACCUUCAUUUGCGGAUUGGUCCCGAAAGGUUGAGCUGGCCAUUAAAUUAUUGGACCUCGUUGAAGAGCUGGAUGCUUUGUUUGACGAGCCUGCCUUCAUCUGUGACGUCAAAUUGGAACAUUUUGGUAUGUCGAAUAGCCAAAGAAUGAAAUUGUUGGACGUCGAUGGCUUGCACCUGAAACCCCUAGCAGAGCAAAUUGUCGGAGGCGAGGUUAAAUGUUCCACCCAUUCCGAGUGCAAUUACUUCGAUUGCCGAGGCCGUUGUGAUCUCAUUGAGGGGAAAUGUGUCAACGAGAUCACCAACAACAACGUCCAGAUGAUCUGCGAGGACAUUCUGCUUGGAGGCGGUACAACCUCCUUGGGCGUACCUAGUCCGGGUCUUUUAUCUUCCAAGCAUAUGCACUCCAAGCUCCGGAGCCAUUUGAAGCAAUGUGCCAACCCAAGUGGUGCCAAAGAUGGAACCCGAAUUGGAGCUGAGGCGAAAUUGCGUACCGAAUUGUAUCGAAUGCUCAAAGAGAUCAGUAAUGUCGCGUCGAAAAUGAAAAUCCAAUCAUGACAAUAAAUGGAGGUCAUAAAUUGUUAAAUGUAGAACACACGAUUUAUGAGGAGGCAGCAGAUCAACUUGCCAUGAGUCCUUGACAUCCGAUCAAUCGCGAUGGACACGGCGAGGGAAUAACUUGAAUAGCUUGAUAUAAUUGAUACUUGAGAGCAAGCGCAAACGAGCAUGAUUCGGACGUUUUUUUGCUUAGAACUUUGCCUCAUUUGCUCAAGUUCUGUUCUUGGACGUGGACCAGACGUAACUCCAAAACGAUCCUUCAAUUUUCCCCUGGAGGAACAAAACCAACCAGAGGAGGUUAUUUCAAGGUUCAAAAGACAAGCCAAUGAUUACUACUAUCCUGAUGCCGAUGACGAAGAGGGCUCCAAUCGGGUCAACUUCAAUUCGGCCAAGGGCAACUCUCAAGCUAUCAAUUCAGGCAGAGGGGACGCCAAUUCCAUAGCCAACGUCGUUUCCAAUCAGAACAAUCAUCCUCGAAGGUAUUUUGGAGGCCAUAACCCUUUUUCCGGGUUCGGCAGGGGAUUCAACGGGUUCAAUGCAAAUACUGCGGAAGGGAAUUCUCAAGCAAUUAAUCAUGGUUAUGGGGAUGCCAACUCGGCAGCCAAUGUGGUGGCCAACCAAUUUGGACGCAACAGAUAUGCUAACAGAGGAGCCCUCCGAGAAGAUGGCGAUGGGGAUGAGGGACAAAUUGGAGGUCGCAACUUCAAUUCUGCCAUUGGCAACUCCCAAGCCAUCAACAAUGGAUAUGGGGACGCCAAUUCUAUUGCCAACGUAGGGUCCAAUCAGAACAACUUUGGAUAUCCCAGACGACGACCAUAUCCGGGUGGGAGAGGAAGUGGUGGGAGCCGGGGUCCAAGGGGAGGAGGAUACAUCCCACCCACAACAAGAAUAGGAACAAUUGGAGGGGGAAGAGGGGGAGGGGGUGCGGCUUUCAUAGAUAAAAGGGGUACUCUGGGGGCAUUUGGUGGUGGUGGUGGUGGUGGUAAUGGCAGAGGAGGGGGAAGCAGAGGUGGAUCAUGGGGUGUUGGAGGGGGAGGGGGUGCAACAUUGAUUGGUGCUGGGGGCAUUGGUGCAGCUGGGGAUGGGGGUGCAUACGGCAGGGGCAGAGGAUGGGUAGCUGGUGGGCGAGGGGGGUCUCCUGGUUUUGCAGGUAGAGGGGGAGGACGGGCUAGUAGUGGAGGGAGAAGAGUGCCAACUUUAACCAGAGGAGGAGGAGGUGCAGCGAUGGCUGGCCAAGGUGGUGUGGCUGCAAUUGGUGGUGGAGGAGGCGGUGAGGGUAACAACAAAUUGGAACUGGAUUGGCCUUUUGGGCCCGUCUUCAACAGCAACUCUGCCAUUGGAAACUCGCAAGCCAUCAAUCACGGUAUAGGUCAUGCCAAUUCUGCCACCAAUGUGGUGGCAAACAGCAACCGCUUGCUGGAAACUGGAGAGGAUGAAUAUGGGUCAGACUAUUCGGAGAGCUCUGGUCUCGCAAUUGUUACGGACGAGAAUGGUGGCGACAGAGGAGCCAUUGCUUUCAGGUCCGGCUACCCGGGGCAAAGUCCCUUAGAUUACCAAUAUUAUGCCAAAUAACCUCAACACUAUAUUCAAAUAUGUCUAAUGUAUAAGUAUUGUUCUGAUCUUGGUUUGAUAUGUGGUCGAUCUUGCCCUUACUUACCAUUUCGCAUUAGUUAUACAUUGGUCUCGUCUCAUUGAAAUCUAAUUUUCUGUCCUCAAUCCAAUGUCCUGUCGAUACGCCCCUGCACACUGACACUGUAAUUGCACAAUUUCCAGCAGGCCCUCAAUAAACUUUCGUGGAACAAGGGAA